AUAUAGGACUUGGGGAUGAUGCGCCCGGUUCCGGUAGCUUCCUCUGCACUUCAUUCCUAGCAGCCAACCAAAUGCUCCGCUCACUCUCCGGUCCGCUCCUCUCCCUCCGCGGGCGCCCGUCCUCCUCCCUCCUCCUCCGCCCCCUCUCCACCGCCUUCGCGCCUCCGCGCCGCCACCCGACGGCGAACGACGCCUACUUCGCCGUGGUCCACCACAUCGCCGGCAUCGUUCGGCGCGACUUCUACCUGGAGCGCACCCUGAACCGCCUCCGCCUCCCCCCUCCCACCCCGGACCUCGUCCUCCGCGUCAUUCGCGCCGCUGCCCCCGCCGCCCCCCUCCCCGCCCUCCGCUUCUUCUCCUGGGCCCGCUCCCGCCCCUCCUACCGCCCCUCCGCCGCCGAGUUCGACGCACUCCUCCUCCCCCUCGCUCGCGCCCGCCUGUGGCCCCACCUCUGGUCCCUCGCCGCCGACAUGCGAUCUCUCUCCCUCCCUCUUUCCCCGGACUCGUUCGCCGCCGUCAUCGACGCCUACGGCCGCGCCGCCCUUCCCGACCUAGCUGUCGAGGUCUUCAACCGCCUCCCCCGCUUCUCCUGCCCCCAGACCACCCUCGUCUACAACGCCCUCCUCUCCGCCCUCUGCCACGCUGGCAACUUCCACGGCGCCUACGCCCUCCUCCGCCGCAUGGCCCGCAAGAACGUGCCACCCGACCGCCAGACCUUCGCCGUCCUCGUCGAUGCAUGGUGUGCCGCCGGCAAGCUCCGCGAAGCCCAGGACAUGCUCGAGGAAAUGUCCCAGAGAGGCUUCAAGCCCCCCGUCCGCGGCCGCGACCUCCUCAUCGACGGCCUCGUUCGCGCUGGCUAUCUCGAGUCUGCCAAGGGAAUGGUCCGCCGGAUGACGAAAGAAGGAAUCUUGCCGGAUGUUUCCACCUUUAAUUCCCUCCUGGAGGCUCUCUGCAAAUCGGGUGAGGUCGAUUUCUGCGUGGGGCUUCUCCAGGAUGCGAACGAUUUGGGACUCUGCCCGGAUGUCUCUACGUACAAGAUCCUGAUCCCGGCCGUCUCGAAGAUGGGCAAGAUCGAGGAGGCUUUUAGGCUAUUCUAUAAUGCAGUAGAUGAUGGGCACAAGCCGUUCCCGAGCUUGUAUGCAGCGAUUAUCAAGGCCAUGUGCAAGGCAGGGAGGUUUGCUGAUGCAUUUUGCUUUUUCAGUGAUAUGAAGGUGAAGGGGCACCCACCGAACCGGCCAGUGUACACAAUGCUGGUAAAGAUGUGCGUGAGGGGAGGGAGGUAUGUCGAGGCCGCCAAUUAUCUGGUGGAGAUGACAGAGAUGGGACUGGUGCCGAGGCCACAGAGCUUUGAUAUGGUGGUUGAUGGGUUAAAGCAUUGUGGGAAGCAUGACCUUGCAAAGAGGAUGGAGCACUUGGAGGUCUCGCUUAGGGGUGACUGACUUUUGAUUGUGAUUGGGAUUUGUUUAUUCAAGCAAAGAAAAUUACAAUUUACCAAGGAAUCCUUUCAUUUAUAUGGUUAAUCUGAUGAGCCUGGUAUCUCAUGCUGCAUUCCUGCCAGCAUCUGUGAUGCAAUACUUCAUCUGCAAAUGGCGGGUUACUUUUCACUAAUCUGUUUAGCUUUUUUGGUGAUAUGAAGGUGAAAGGGCACUAACUAGACCAACCGAUGUACACAAUGUUGGUGAAAGGUGGGCAUGCAGGGAGGAAGGUAUGGUGGCGGAUGGGUUGAAGAAUUGCUGAAGCAUGAUCUUGCAAGGGGGGUGAAGCAGUAGGAGGUCUUGCUGCAGGGAAACUGACUACUGACUGAUUGUUGAAUGGGAUUUGUUUAUAUGAGUAAAGAAAAUUAUAAUUUGCUAGGAAAUUCUUUCAUCUAUAAGGUUACUCUGAUGAGGCUGGCAUCUCAUGCUGUGUUCUUGGCAUCACUUGUGAUGCAAAACUUCAUCUACACUUGAUGGGUUACCUUCUCCAGAUCUGUUCAGUUUGAGGUGUCAAGUUGGUGGAGAAUGGUGGGCAACUAACACAUACUAUUACACAUUACUGGCCAUUGGGAGAUCCAGAGUUCUUUGAUAAUGCAUCGAGCAUGGAAGAUCAAAGCAGGCCACUGCCGAGAUGAAACCAAGCUGAUUCACAAGUUUUAACUUGCACAUACGGUCAGUACUGAACUAGCACAGAAGUUCCAGAUGAGAGCUACUCUGGUCAGACAGAAAGGCUAGUUGAUUUGGUUGCUGAUAUGAACAUUUCAUUGAUGGAUAGCUCUGGUCCUGGAGCAGGCUGGAGGAUUGCGCGUUUGUUGAAGUCCAGAAGUGGGGCAGCAGCUGUCUUCGCUGCUUCAGGUUUGCAUCUUUGGGCUCCCUGAUUUUAAGCAUUAGAAAAAGACAUCCCCAGGCCCCCAAUCUCUUUACCUAUGCUAACUAAUUUGAAUUGAUUUUGAUGGUCCUGCGCAUUGUAGGAGGAGAUACUUAUUGGAAACAAGUAACUGUAUGUAUAGCAUUUCGUUCAGGGAUCCGAGAAAGUUGUAGUAAUGUUAGAUAGAACCUAGAUGGAUAACGAAAGUUGCAGUGACACAUUUUUUUUAUCCGGACAAGAUGAUGCUGGAUUUAUUGUAGAGGAUGAAAUAUGAAUUCACACUGUAAGAGUAACAAACAAGUCGUACCAAAAGUAGAAUUCUUCUGAAUCAUAAAUAGUUACCAGGAGAGUGCUAUGACAAGUUAUGAAAUAUUGAUAGCUCAAUAAACUCUCUUUUGAUCUUGGAGCUGCAAAUAGGUUAGGGUGUAGAUUUCUCAAACUGAAUAAAUGGAUGUGCAACUCGAUCAUAAUUGGGCUUAACUAAGUUGUUCUUUGAGGGCACAGGUUCGGCUUGAUUACUUUUUCCAGGACAAUGUCUGGCAUGUUAUAGAGCCUGCCUAGCCCAAAGACUAUACCAAAAAUAAUGUAUUGUUCUAUAUAAAUGUUGCAGCAGGAGCUGGAGUAGCAGUAGGGCAGUACGAUACAACACGCUUUAUUGCUAAUCCUCUAUUUUACCUGAAACUACAUGUUUUCAUCAUUGUCCAAAGCAAUGGUCCUGCAGCCAUUGCGGUCUAAGAUUGUAGAUUGUUGCAUCAUAAAAGGUGCAUUAGGUGGUGUUUUUGUCGUUGUGAGUUGAGCUAGAACUCAAUCAUGAGGGUUAAAGCUCAAAUCUUUUAUGGUGCAAGUAACAUAAUCAAUCGACCAAAUUGAAAACCCGUAAAAUCAUGAUGGACACUAUUUGAAAUGCUUAGAACAAGUUAAAAUAAACAUUUCUUAAUAUGGGUUGAAUGCACAGGAAGAAACCUUCAGAACAAUCAAUCUUAAGUCAACAUUGAUAUUUUAAAGUCUAAAUCUGAACGGUGCAUAAUUUAAUUUGCAGCAGUAGGAUUCAAGUUCUAUUCCUUAUUAUCUACAUCGUUGUGUCGAAGAUAUGAUUAAAAGUUUUCAAGCUAUAACUGGGAUAAAAUAAUUUAGAAAUACAUUUUGCUCACUUGUGACAUUAAAAUUGUGCAGUUAGAAAUCAAUCCAGUUCCUCUCAGUUCCAUUUUACUAAUAAAGCCUGAUUUGAAUUUCUGGGCGGGCUCACGGGCCCAAAAUCUAAGCUUGCCUCUACGGCUGUGCCUCACUCUUUCAACAUUUAAAUGACCUUUACUUCAUAGCAAAAUUAUAGAUAAUGAGGGCAAAAUAAUGGCUUUAUUUGAUAAAAUUGCUGUUUAUAUGAUUAUGUUAUUUCUAUGUAUUUGACAAAAUUGUGUGUUCAUCUGUAUUUUUGCAUUUACUAUAAUACAAUGACCACUUAUAACUGUUUCAUAAAACCAUAAUGACAUGUUUC